CAGAUUUAAAAAAUCUCAUUAAAAAAUAAACACAAAAUCGGAAAGUCCAAAAUUUCAUCUAGCCUUAAAUCUUAAACUUAAGUGUAAGCUUUUACUCAAGUGGAAUAAUUAAAUAGUUUCUUUAAUAAACAUUAAUUCAAAUCUGUAGCCGUUGCAUUGGUAACAUUGAUAUACCAGUACAAAAUUCGAUUUCCGUCGAGUCAUGAUAACCAAGUCAAGAUCAGUCCGAUCGACCUCAAUUACUUAGUCGCAGUUGUGUGAUUGUUUUCUGAAGAGGCGUUUCCGUCACGAAUAGUGGCAGUUGACAAAGUGAAGCACAAUGAAAAAAGUUGUUCCCGUUCUACUGACUUUCUCUCUGAUUUUACUCGCGAUUGAAGAUGCGAGAGGAUUCACAAACAUUUAUCCCAAACUAAAAAGUUAUCCUCUUCCCGAUGAUAAUGAUGCUGGAAAGCCGCUUUUCUUAACGCCGUUAAUCGAAGACAAUAAAAUAGACGAAGCACGUGAAAAAGCUAUUGUACAACAUAAAGAAAUGGACGAUGUCAGCAGUUACGCCGGUUAUUUGACUGUCAAUAAAGAAUACAAUUCAAACAUGUUCUUUUGGUUUUUUCCUGCUGUGGUCAAUCCAAAAACUGCACCUGUAAUAUUAUGGCUACAAGGUGGUCCUGGAGCUACAUCUAUGUUUGGUUUAUUUAUGGAGAACGGUCCAUUUAUAGUAACUCCAAACAAAACCCUUCAAAUGCGUAAAUAUUCUUGGAAUCAGGCUCAUAAUUUACUGUAUAUAGAUAAUCCUGUUGGUACCGGGUUUAGCUUCACUGACAAUGAAAAAGGGUAUGCCACUAACGAAACACAUGUGGGAAGGGAUGUUCAUACUCUGUUAGUGCAAUUCUUUAUGUUAUUUCCACAACUUCAAGAUAACGACUUCUAUGUCACCGGGGAAUCUUAUGCUGGAAAAUAUGUACCUGCUGUAUCUCAUGCAAUUAAAGACUAUAAUAUUAAGGCAAAGACAAAAAUAAAUUUAAAGGGUUUAGCAAUUGGAAAUGGGUUAACUGAUCCAGAGAAUCAGUUACUUUAUGGAGAUUAUUUGUAUCAAUUAGGAUUAAUUGAUAUCAAUGGUAGAGAUUUGUUUCACAAACUUGAAGAUCAAGGUAGAGAUUUAAUAAAACAAAAAAAAUAUGAAGAAGCAUUUGAAAUAUUUGAUACUCUUCUGAAUGGUGAUUUAAAUGGUCAUUCGUCGCUAUUUAAAAAUUUAACUGGUUUUGAUUAUUACUUUAAUUAUUUGCACAUCCAAGAUUCAAAUGAUUCUAAUUAUAUGUCAGAAUGGAUUCAGAGUUCAGAUGUAAGAAGGGCUAUACAUGUUGGCAAUUGUACAUUUCACGUUGAAGAUAGUACAGUAGAGAAAUAUUUGAAAGGAGAUAUUAUGCAGUCUCUAGCAAUUCUCAUAUCAGACCUUACUCAGCAUUACAAAGUUCUACUUUACAAUGGUCAACUUGAUAUUAUUGUUGCGUAUCCUCUGACAGAAAAUUAUUUACGUACCUUAAAAUGGUCUGGUGCUGAAAAAUAUAAAACAGCUCGGAGGAAAUUAUGGUGGGUAGGAAAAGAGUUAGCAGGUUACACUAAAACUGUUGAUAAUUUGACAGAAGUCCUGGUAAGAAAUGCUGGACACAUGGUUCCUUCUGAUCAGCCCAAGUGGGCUCUUGAUCUCAUUACACGUUUUACACAUGGUAAAAGUUUCUAAAUUAUUUUGUUAUUCAUUUUGCUGAGGACAUGUGAUAUUCGCUCUAUUAUGGCUAUGUUUGUAUUUAAAUAGUUAUAAGAAAAUUUAAUUUUAAGGUGAAACUGAUAUAUACUCUCUACAGAAA